AUGCUUUUCUCUCUACGUUCGCCUUCGAUCACGAUAACCUCCUACGUUGCGCAACUCAUCGUCUAUCCGGUAGGUCUUGGCUGGGACAAAGUCAUGCCGAAUCGUGAGCACACGACCUUUGGUGUCAAAUGGAAUCUGAACCCUGGCCCUUUCAACUUCAGNGAACACGCCAUGAUCGUGAUCAUGGCCAAUGCCUCAUUCGGAACCGGUGUUGGAUACUUCACCGACAUCCUCCAGGCUCAGCGUGGAUUCUACAAGUUUAACUGGGGAUGGGGUUUCGGCGUACUCGUUGCUUUGAGUACUCAAUGUGUUGGCUUUGGCCUCGCAGGCCUCUUCUCUCGCUGGCUGGUAGAGCCAGCUCCCAUGAUUUGGCCCCAGGACCUCGUCAACUGCGCUUUCAUGUACACUCUCCACGACAAUUCAAAAACGGACCCCGCCAAGACAAACGGCUGGCGUAUUAGCAGAUACCGCUGGUUCUUCUAUGUCUUUGUGGGCUCAUUUGUCUACUACUGGUUUCCCGGCUACAUUGCUCAGUUCUUGAGUGUCUUCGCAUUCCCUACCUGGAUCGCGCCUAACAAUAUCACUGUCAACAAAGUUUUUGGAGGCUACAGUGGUAUGGCACUNUUGCCUCUCACCUUUGACUGGACUCAGAUCACCGGAUACGUUUUCAGUCCUCUGAUUCCUCCUUGGCAUGCCAUUGGAAACACCAUGAUCGGUCUUGUUCUCUUUUAUUGGAUCACCGCAUCGGCUAUUCACUUUAGUGGAACCUGGUACGCCGACUACCUCCCUUUCAGCGAUUCCAGCUCCUACGAUAAUUCUGCUAGCGUUUAUAAUGUCUCUCGUAUACUCACCCCGGAGAUCACUUUGGACCUUAAGAAAUACAAAGAGUACUCGCCUCUCUUCCUGUCUACUACUUUUGCACUCUGCUAUGGUCUUUCGUUCGCCGCCAUCUCUGCCGUCGUCACUCACACUAUCCUCUUCCAUGGGAAAUUCAUUCUUGAUAGAUGGCGACGUUCGCGUGAUGACAUGCGCGAUGUGCAUCAAGAGAUGAUGGACAAAUACCCCAAAGUACCUGCUUGGUGGUACAUAAGCUUACUUGUUAUCUGUAUUGGGCUUUCGUUCGCCACCAUCUACGCAUACCCUACAGAGAUGAGUUGGUGGGCUCUGAUUUUGGCCUUCAUCAUUUCGUUUGUUUGGUUCUUGCCCAUUGGAUUCAUCCAAGCAAUCACCAAUGUACAGCUUGGUCUCAAUGUUUUUACCGAGUUCCUCAUCGGAUACAUGCAGCCCGGCAGACCUAAUGCCAUGAUGUUGUUCAAGACUUAUGGCUACAUCACCAUGACACAGGGUCUUGCCUUUACUCAAGACAUGAAGCUUGGUAAGCAUGUUCAUCAUUACCACAUUAUGAACGCAAUACUGAUGAUACGUUUUCANGGUCAUUAUCUUAAGGUCCCUCCCAGAACGAUGUUCCUUGGCCAGUUGAUUGCUACCGUCUGGUCUUGCAUUGUUCAGCUCGCAGUCUUUGAAUGGGCUUUCGGUGGUGGUAUCGAGAACCUGUGCGCUUUGCAUCAGGCCAACCAUUUCACCUGCCCUGGAGGAAGAGUCUUUUACAAUGCUAGUGUAAUCUGGGGAGUCAUUGGUCCUGCACGCAUGUUCAGUGGCGAUUCUACCUAUAAGAACCUUCAGUGGUUCUGGCUAGCUGGUGCUGCUGCUCCCGUCCUCAUUUACUUCGCCGCGAAGCAGUGGCCGAAGUCACCCAUUCGCUUCCUCAGCGCUCCCCUGAUCUUCGGCGGUACUGGACAGAUUCCUCCUGCUACCCCGUUGAACUACUUGUCGUGGGGUGUUGUUGGCUUCAUCUUCAACAAGUGGAUUCGCAACAGCUACAGAGGCUGGUGGAUGCGUUUCAACUACAUCACGUCAGCUGCCCUCGAUUCUGGUCUGGCCAUCUCGACCAUCCUGCUUGUAUUGACCAUCAGUUUGACCAACACCGAUGCACCUAACUGGUGGGGUAACGUUGGCAUCUACAACACUAUGGACUAUCUGGGCACGGCGGUAGCCAAAGUCUUGCCCGAAGGUGCUACCUUUGGUCCUUCUAGCUGGUAG